CACCUCCUGAUGUCGGAACCUUUCAUGGAUGAAUCCAGGGGAAACUUAUACUUUAUCGAGGUUAAUGACCAGAGUUCUUCAGACUUAUCGGUUUACGAAAUGGAAAGAAACGACUCAAGCUGGUCACUGAAGUAUCAUGUUGACCUAGAGCCUGUUGCGGCAGCUUUUCCCGAGAUGAUCAUUACUGAAUACUACACCUAUAGGUGGAUCUACGCGUUCUCUGUCAUCGGUUUUGUGAAGGAAGAGAUAGACGCUGAAUCGUACAUCGUGCUUCAUAUUCCAAACAAGGCUGUUAAGUACAACUUCAUUAACAAGACUUUCAAGAAACUUUGCAGUUUCGAGCCAUCCCAAGAUGAUGGUGUUAAUAACUUUUAUGGAUCCCGGAGAUCUUUCAAGUUUAUCGAGUCUCUUGCUAACUUCUAAUGUAAGUGGAAGGUGAGUCUGAUACAGAGAGUACUACGAGUACCAUUCCCAUCUUCAACUUGUCACUCUAGAUUAAGUUUCAUUCUCGUUGAAGUAUUUCAUGUGAUACUUUCAUCUAGAACAAGUAGUACCUCAGAGUGUUCCCAAACUUCUCAACACCUUGGAUGUGCAAAGUUUAUCAUCUUAUGUUGAUUAGAACCCUACCCAUUCGAAAUCUGCCUUUACAUAGGAAUAGUUGUAUACUUGUAUAUGUCAGUAUCAACCCAACAGAUAAGCUUCACACACAUUCACUAAAUGUUUAUAAGUUCCAAAAACAAAACAUAUCUCAGGUUCUACUUUCCAAAUAUAAGCAGAAUCAAAUAGAUUCUACCUGCAAGAUCUGCUUAAGAUCCAAAAAUCUCAUAGCAAGAAUUGCCAAACUAUUGUAAGAGUGAAGAAAGAACUUUCCUAUGUGAAAGUUCGGUAAUUUCUGUUUAGACAGUUACUCUCUUUUUUUUCCGGGAACAAAAAAAAACAGAACAUGACACCAUGUUUGAAUAGUCAAAAAGUCAACGAAACCCAAAGAGUACUUGAUAAGCAAAACUUUACAAAAGCUUCCUCCAUAAUCUUCUUGAAAACAGAACACAUCACAUCCUUUAACUCUCUUUAUAAACCAACAUAACAAUCUCUCCUCCUCUUCAUUCCUAUAAACCAUAACACCAAAACCACUCUAAAGCGAUGUCUUCUUGUUCAAGAACAAGAACAAAAGCUCCAAGAUCUGCAAGAAUCCGUGUCUCUUCUUCACCAGCCAAGAUUGUAGCAGAUCUCGACGAUGUCUUGCUUCAUAUCCUCUCCUUUCUCCCAAUCAAAACCCUCAUCAAAUGCAAACGCGUAUCAAAACGCUGGCGUUCCCUCAUAACAAACCCGAACUUCUCCAACCGCAUCAUCAGUUCCAAACAUCCCCUCCCCAUCUCAGGCCUUUACUUAAAAGGAACAAGAGACAUUGAAUACAGAUUCGUCUCUCUUCUCAAUGAUGACGAUGAAGAAGUCAACGAGCAGCUGCUUUCGUUAUCAUCAUCACCGCUUCGGUUUAUAGAUCAUCCAUCUCCGAUCAUCGUAAUGCAAUCAACCAACGGUCUUCUCCUAUGCAAAUGCACUUGUCCUCCUAACCAUUUCAACCGAAACUUCUACGUUUACAAUCCCACGACGAAGCAGAAGACUCUUCUCCCUCUAAUCAUCGACCACGUGGUGCUCUCUCUAGCUUUCGAUCCUUCUAAAUCUCCUCACUACAAAGUCUUUUCCCUCAGAAAAAGUAGCAUCUCCUCUGUUUCCCCUGUUUCCUCUGUUUCCUCUGUUUUUUACCAUAUAGAGGUUUACUCCUCUAACGAAGGACCUUGGAGAAGACUUGUUUCGGUUCCUUCUUCCGCUCUUCCUCAAACCGUUACAGAUCUCAGUAACACCGUCUUUUGGAACGGCGCGGUUCACUGGUUUUGGUUUGGUCCAAACUCAAGAGACUGUCUUUCUUUCGAUAUCGAUACAGAGGAAAUCAAGACUCUUUCUCUCCCUUUUCUUGACCACCACCAAGACGACGAGGAGGAUCCACCUGAUGUCGGCACCUUGAGGUUCAUAGAAGAAUCCAGAGGAAAUCUUUACUUCAUCGAGGUAAACGAUCUGAGUUCUCCAGACUUAUCGGUCUACGAAAUGAACAGAACAGGCCUAACCUGGUUCUUGAAGUAUCAUGUUGACUUAGAGCCUCUUGCAGCAGCUUUUCCAGAGAUGAUCAGAACCGAAUACUACACUUAUAGGAAGAUCUAUUCGUUCUCUGUCAUCGGUUUUGUUAAAGGAGAGACAGAUGCUGAGUCUUCAUACAUAGUCCUUCACAUUCCAAACAAGGCUGUUAAGUACUACUUCAUCAGCAAGACUUUCAAGAAGCUUUGCAGCUUCGAGCCAUCCCAAGAAGAUGGUGGUGAGAAUUUUUACGGAUUCCGAAGAUCUUUUCAGUUUAUUGAGUCUCUUGCUAACGUCUAGAAGAAACUAGAUGUCUUGGAGUUUCAUCAAGACCUGCUUCGUGUUUGGUCUAAGAGAAGGCG